AUGGCGCUCGUCCCGUACGCCUGCGGCUCGGGUGGCUCGGUGUCACAGCCGGUGCCCGUGCUUACAGGGGAGAACUACACCACCUGGGCCAUCAAGGUGGAGGCCGACCUGGACGCCGCCGGGCUCCGGGAGGCGGUGGUGCCGCUAGAGGACACGGCCUCGGUGAUGAUCUCCAAGAAAGAUAAGCCGGCGCGGGCUUACCUCCUGCGGGCGCUCGCCGACAAUGUGCUGCUGCAGGUGGCUCCGAAAAAGACGGCGGCGGAGAUAUGGAGCAGCCUCAAGUCCCGGUUCGUCGGGGCCGAUCAUGUCAAGGCGUCGCGGCUGGGCACGCUUCGCAGCGAGUUCGAGCUCCUGCGGAUGGAUGGCGGGGAGUCGCUUGAUGCCUUUGUGGGCAAGAUCAGCGGCAUGGCGGCGCGCUAUGCCGGGCUAGGAUCGACCCUCGACGAUGCGUCAAUGGUGAAGAAGUUGCUGGAUUGCGUCCCGGAUCGCCGGUACGCGGCGGUCGCUGGGAUGGAGCACUUUUGCGACCUAUCGACGCUGUUGUUCGAAUACGCACUGGGGCGACCAAAGGCGUUCGACGAGCAGCUGCGUCGACGCGGGCAGGCGGGCGGCGAGCAGGCAGAUGGCGAGCUACUGUACACGGCGGCGCAAUGGUGGGCGCGGGAACGGCGUCAUGGAGGAGCGCGGGACGAAGACGACGGCGCGGCGAGCACAGCAUCAGGCGGUCGGUCGUCGCGAAAUGUGCUACAAGUGCGGCGUGAGAGGGCAUUUCAAGAGGGAGUGCCCCUGCCGCGGAAGGAGCCGGCGGCGGGGCGCGCACUGCUGGUGGACGGCGACGUCGACGACGCCGGGCUGCUCUGA